AGAAAAUUUACUAAAGACUAUGGCUUUUCUUAAGUUCCUGGUUGUCUUAGGCAUUGCGGGGUACUGCUGUGCUGAACCUGCGGUGAAUUGGGAUGAAGUGAGUAGAAAAAUCAAUGAAAUAGGAAACAAAGUUCAAACUGCGGCAAGAGGAGCAUGUGGAUUUAUUAACUCAAUACCCGGAGGUCAACCGUUUCCUUUAAACCCGCAAGGAUUUAAUCCAGGAUUUAGAGGAUUUCAACCAUCUUACUUUCCAUCAGGUAGAGGAUUUCCACAAUCCCCAGGAUUUAGAACCUACUUUCCUCCAUCAUAUUACCCAAAUCAGAUUCCUGGACAAGUUCCCAACUUCCCUCGUGGUUCUCCUCAAACUCCAACAAACUUUGUUCCCCCUUCGAGCUCAGGUGGAAUUCGACCAAAUUCAAUGCCACCAGUACCACAGAUUCCAGCUACCUUACCUCCUUCCCUUCCCUCAACGGUGGCUCCUCCAGACACUCAAACAUCUUUUGAACAAAAUGACUUAAAUGUUGGUAAUGAGGUUCCAGCGUUUAUACCUCCAUCUACUGAUGAUAAUGAUGUAGCAAGUGGAAGUCUCACCAACAGACGCUUAAGAAAUGCCUUUAGUAAUAAGUAUGUUAACUGGAGAAAAUAAAUUUUGUUUCUAGGAUGUUUUGUUCUAUGUAAUAGUUGUGUUCGUUUUGG